UUAAUUCCUUCUUUCUAUUUUUUUUUUCUGCUUGAGGAAAGAACCCUUAAAACCUUGUUUCUGGCUGAUUAAAGAUUCCACCUUUAUCUUCAUUUCUAUACAAAUCUUGAAAUGCCUGUUCAUUAGCUUCUUGCUUUGUUCCAAUUCAUGGAAUUUUAUAGGAUUUAUCUCAGGUUUCUUGAUGCAUAUAUUUGGGGUUUCAUUUCAAUUUCUGCAUCUUAGUUUGAUUUAACUUUUCUUUAGCUUCUUAUACUAAUCAAUUUGGAGCUAAUUAGUUGAUGUUAGGAAUAAAUUGGUUGGAAUUGCUGUGUCAUUUCAAGAUUUUGGUAAUUUGGAAUUGAUCUUGGAUUUUAGCAAUGGGGAAACAUGGGGGGAAGAAGAAGAAAUCUAAUGGGCAUAAAUCAGGUGAGUCAAAUAUUAGGCAGAGUGAGGGCAACGAGAGAGCUUACGAUAAGGACACAAAGAUAUUCGUUUUGAUGUCUCAGGAGUUGAAGGAAGAUGGGAAUAGGUUGUUUCAGAAGAGGGAUUAUGAGGGUGCUAUGUUGAGCUAUGAGAAGGGGAUAGAGUUGCUUCCUAGGAAUCACGUAGAUGUCGCCUAUCUUAGGAGCAAUAUGGCCGCGUGCUAUAUGCAAUUGGGUAUUAGUGAGUAUCCGAGGGCUAUCCGUGAGUGCAAUCUGGCUCUUGAAGUUUCUCCGUUGUAUAGUAAGGCAUUGUUGAAGAGGGCUAGGUGCUAUGAGGCACUGAACAAGCUAGAUUUGGCACGUAGAGAUGUUGGAACGGUGCUCAAGAUGGAGCCUAACAAUCUCAUGGCGAUUGAGAUCUCGGAGAGGGUUGAAAUGAGAAUUGAGAGACAAGGGUCUAGAGAAAAUGAGAUUCGUGUGAAUUUGGUGGUUCCGUUACCUGAGUAUUUGGAACCACCACCUUUGGCACAAGCCAAGGCAAGCAAAGAGAAGGCGGGGGAAAAGAAAAGUGGCAAUGUGAAGGUGGAGAAAGGCAAUGACAAUGUAGAGGAGAAUGUGAUGGAGAAGAGAGUCAAUGGCAAGGUGAAUAACAUUUUCAGUGGAGACAUAGAUAAUAGCGCGGAGAAGAAGAAAAUUGAUUGCAAUGUAAAGGAAAAUGCGAAGGAGGAGAAAGUCAAUGGCGUUGGAGGGGGAAGUAAGGAUGAUCAAACAAGACAUGAGAAGAAAACAAAAAGAAAAGUAAGAGAAAGGAAAGUUGAUGUUGAUGUUGUGUUGAGAAAGGUUGAUGAUCAAAUUGAGGAAAGGAAAACUGAAGACAAAUUGGUGGUGGAGGAAGAAAGGUUUACGAAUGGUGCAGAGGAAGAGCCUACAAGAAUGGUUAAGUUAGUAUUCGGGGAAGACAUAAGAUGGGCUCAGAUUCCUCUCAACUGCGAUAUUUUGAAACUGAGGGAGAUCAUUGUUGAUCGUUUUCCCAGCUCGAAGGCUGUUCUCGUUAAAUAUAGGGAUCAAGAAGGCGACAUGGUUACUAUCACUUCAACAGAAGAACUGAGGUUGGCUGAAGCUUCUACCGAACAUGGCUCUGUGAAGCUGUAUAUAGUCGAAGUUAAUCCUGACCAAGAUCCAUUAUUUGAAAGGAUUAGGAAAGAUGAAUCGAUAGACAUUCUUGACAUGAAAAAUGUUACUGAAAUCCGGACUGAGUCGGCUUGUAUAAGUGAUUGGAUCAUACAGUUUGCUCAGUUAUUCAAGAACCAUGUUGGAUUUGAUUUUGAUGCUUAUCUUGAUCUCCACGAGGUCGGGAUGAAGCUUUAUUCAGAUGCCAUGGAAGAGACGGUUACUUGCGCAGAAGCUCAAGACCUUUUCUCCAGUGCUGCAGAGAAAUUCCAGGAGAUGGCAGCCUUAGCAUUGUUCAAUUGGGGUAAUGUCCACAUGUCCAGAGCAAGAAAAAGAGUAUAUUUGACAGAAAAUGCUUCGAAAGAGCCUGUGCUGACACGAGUCAAGUCUGCUUACGAAUGGGCACGAGCGGAGUACGUGAAUGCAGGAAAAAGAUACGAAGAGGCCCUAAAAAUUAAACCAAAUUUCUAUGAAGCCAUUCUAGCUCUUGGGCAGCAAGAGUUUGAGCAGGCUAAACUCUCUUGGUAUUAUGCCAUCGGAACCAAUGCUGAUUUGGAGUCUUGGCCUUCAUUGGAAGUUCUUAAGCUUUACAACAGGGCCGAGGAAAAUAUGGAAAAGGGAAUGCAAAUGUGGGAGGAAGAACAGCAAGUCAAUGAACCAUCCUGGCCUAACAAAAUCGAGAUUCAGUUGCAGAAUAUGAAACUCAACAGCGUGUUCAAAAACAUGUCAGCAGACGAAGCUGCAGAACAGGCUUCAAAGACACGGGCUCAGAUACACAUAUUAUGGGGCACAAUGCUGUAUGAAAGAUCAAUGAUGGAAUUCAAACUAGGACUUCCUGUGUGGAAUGAAUGCCUCGAGGUUGCUGUAGAAAAAUUCGAACUUGCUGGAGCAGCUCAAACUGAUAUUGCUGUUAUGAUAAAGAAUCAUUGUUCCAAUGGAACAGCGUCAGAAGGGGGAUUCAAUAUUGACGAAAUAGUACAGGCAUGGAACGAAAUGUAUGAAGCAAAAAAGUGGCCAAGCAUCAUUCCCUCGUUCCGGUUAGAACCACUGCUCAGGCGGCGAGUUUCAAAAAUUUAUUACGCCUUUGAAAAUGCAUAGCUGCUCCAGCUGAUGCAUCUGAGAACUGGCACUCAUCGGAGCGUUUGGUUGGAAGAGUUGGCAUUUUUUGCAUAUUUGGCUUACAUGUUGUUGUAUCAUUUCUGCUUCGGGUAUUUCUUUCUCCCUGUUGGGACACGAAACGUUCAUCGCACUGAGCAAGUAAAACAAUCUGUUAUAACAUCUGCAGAAAAUCGUUUUUUGUCACUUCUGCUCCAUGUUAUAUAGUGCAGCUUGCCUUUGGAGAUGCCAAGAUUGAGUAUUUACAACUUUUUUUGUAAAGUUAUUGUUUUGCAUUAGUAUUAUUUAUUUAUUUAUAAUUUUUCCUUUGGA